GCCAAUGGAGAGAGAGCUUGAGGAAACGCUAUAGUAAGGUUGGCUACAGUUAGCCGAAGUGUAAGCGCUAAACGCGACAGGAGCGUGUAGGUGUGUGUGUUUUGGACACUCGGGGAGAGUUUAACAAAGAGUGAGGAUAGUAUGGACAAGCCGAACAUAGUGACAUGCACCGCCCCUGUGAAUAUAGCUGUCAUAAAAUACUGGGGGAAGAGAGAUGAAGAGUUAAUUCUGCCCAUUAACUCGUCUUUGAGCGUCACACUGCAUCAAGAGCAGCUGAAAACAACCACGACAGUUGCAACCAGCAGAUCAUUUCAGGAAGAUCGAAUAUGGCUCAAUGGCAAAGAGGAGGACAUAACCCAUCCGAGACUACAGUCCUGUCUGAGAGAAAUUUUUCUGUAUUCAGUUCGACGCUUAGCAAGGAAGAGACGUGGUGAUGGGGACCCCAGUGUGGAUUCAACUGGUCUGUCUCACAAAGUCCACAUCUGCUCUGUUAACAACUUCCCGACUGCUGCUGGCCUCGCCUCCUCAGCUGCUGGAUUCGCUUGUCUAGUGUACACUCUGGCCCGGGUGUUUGGCGUAGAAGGGGAGUUGUCUGGGAUUGCUCGGCAGGGCUCGGGCAGCGCAUGCCGGAGUAUGUAUGGAGGGUUUGUUCAGUGGAUAAUGGGAAAGAAAGAUGAUGGCAAAGACAGCCUGGCCCAACAGGUGGAGCCAGAGACUCACUGGCCUGAGCUCAGAAUCCUCGUACUAGUGGCCAGUGCUGAGAGGAAGCCAGUGGGGAGCACCUCUGGGAUGCAGACCAGUGUACAGACAAGCUCUCUCUUAAAGCAUCGGGCUGAGUCUGUCGUUCCAGGCCGGAUGGUAGAGAUGAUUGAAGCAGUGCAAAGAAAGGACUUUGCUGCAUUCGCUGAACUAACUAUGAAGGACAGUAACCAAUUCCAUGCCACCUGCCUUGACACAUACCCUCCCAUCUUUUACCUCAACAGUGUGUCUCAACAGGUUAUUAGUUUGGUGCAUCGGUAUAACAGACACUACGGGGAGACGAGGGUGGCCUACACAUUUGAUGCAGGACCCAACGCUGUAAUCUUCACUUUACAGCAGCAUGUUCCUGAGUUUGUUCAGGUGGUUCAACAUUUCUUCCCCCCAGAGACCAACGGAGGACAGUUUUUUAAAGGUCUUCCAGUCAACCAUGCUGCUCUCUCUGAGGAACUUAAACAGGCUAUUGGUCUAGAGCCUAUGCCAAAAGGAAUAAGCUACAUUAUUAGUACCAAGGCUGGACCGGGCCCUUGUGUUGUGGAGGAUCCCACUCUGCAUCUACUUGGAUCUACUGGGUUGCCGAAGAACACUGUGUGAUACCCUGCAGCUUUAGACGGACAAAGCUCCACUGAGAAAGAAUAAAGCCAGUUCAACAAGAGAUCAUUUACAUUAGUAAUGUGUAGGUUUUUACAAAUGACGGUGACUUGAGACACUGCUGUGGUUGCUAAUAUCUCUUCCUUUAAUUAUCAAACUGUUCUGGAGUGUCUUUCAUCUUUUUGUUACUCUCUGUUCUUGUUUAGCUCUUUGUAUUUCUUGGUAUCUACGGGUAGAUACUGUUUUAGAGGAAUUUGACUAGCAGCUAGAAUUGCUUAAGGGUAAUGUCAUGUCAUUGAGCAAUGCACUGAACCAUGAAUACAGUUCACUGCUGCAGCUGGCCUAUCUGAGCUUGGUUUUCACUUUAUGUAAGUAUUCGUGUGUUUAAGAAAGGCAUUAUAAGUUGAUCAAUUUAAUUGUGUUUUCAUUGUCAUCUUAUGAAAAUAUAAUUUCAGACCUACAGUACGUACUUAAUUUAUGUCAAUUUUGUUCUGUGACAUUAAAUAAAAUAUAUUUUAGUCACA